AUGGAACGUGCGGCGAUGGAGGAAGCCCUCUCGGAUGUUAGGGAUGCAAUGUUGAAAUACACUAAUGUUGCUGACCCAACAGAAAAUGCGGCUAGAAAAGAGAGAAUGAGACAAGCUGAGGACCAAGGCGAAUUUGAAGAAGCUGCAGCCCUAAUAGUACAAGCUGCUAUCUCAGCAAAUAUGGAUCUCAAUGCCCAAAAAAUCGAUGAAACUGAGUCCCCUCUUCCUAGAAUCCCUUCAUCACAAAGACUUGGUCCAUCUCCAGAGAUUUUAUCUCAGGACGGAGGUGUGCAAAUUGUCGAUAGUAAUUCUCUGUCUCCCAGAAUCCCAAUUGCUCUGAGACUCAGCUUACCUGAAACUGCUCUAAACUCCCCAUUAGCAAUUGAAGGAACCUCAAAGCCAACCACCAAGCGCAAACCGAGAAGACCACCAGGAAGAAAAAACAUUCAAGGUAGCCCAAAAACGGUGGUUGGUUCAAGCUCAAAAAUGAGGAAAGUUUAA